UUUGAAAUUCGAUUUUCUCACCACAACAUCACUCCAUUGCUAUAAAAAUUAUAUUCUGUCAUUGCACAUGAGCUAGGCUACAGUUUGACACCCAAUUUGGGCCCUAUUGCUUAUGGUAGAUUUUGUGUUAUCGCGCCAGACUUAUGUCGCGGCUCGGGGGAAUGAUGCGGUCUACGCGACCCAAAAAACUCACACCAAAGCAACCUAUACCCAUCUACAGGGAUCACCAAAUCGACCUUGCGGAAGAUGAUCUUCAAACAACAUUACAAAAUAUUGAAACCGGCGUUGAGAAGGCCGAGGAGAGCGAAUACCAUCUUCAGGCUGCCAUUAAUGCGGCGUCCCUUGGAAAUGCAUCGCAGAAAGCGCAUAUUCCCACGCCGGAGACGGUUACCAGCUCCCUUCAAUAUGACAAAUUGUAUCCCCCAACGUUCUCGCAGCCCGCAACAUAUAUACGAUUCUCAUCGACGGUCGAAGAUUGUUGCGGGUGUCCAUAUAAUAUGGUGGAGGAGGAUGAUAUCGCUUUGAAGAUCAUGAACCAAAAAGCGGAUGCGUCGACGCAAUGCACCGAAGAUCAAUUUGAAGAGUUGAUGAGCUUCUUCGAAGAGACGGCGCAUACGAAGCAGCCUUUCGCGGCAGUUGACAAUCCUCCUGUAAUUCCGUAUGAAGAAAUGGAAGAGUGUUUCGACGGAAUAGAUGACGAAAAUCUGAAAAAGUUUUCCAAGGGCGUGUACGAACACUGGAAAUUGAGACGGAAUAAGCUUGGCAAUUGUCCGCUCCAACCAAGCCUAAAGUUCGAAUGCGGACAGGACACCGACGACAGCGACCCGUAUGUAUGCUUCCGACGUAGAGAGGUCCGACAAGCCCGUAAAACUCGCGGCAGAGAUGCACAAAGCGCGGAGAAGCUCCGUCGCCUUAGAAAAGAACUAGAGGAUGCCAGGCAGCUGGUUGCUCUAGUCCGACAGCGCGAAAUUGCAAGAAAAGAACAAUUUACCAUCGAUAGACAAUUGUUCAUGCAGCGCGCUGAGGUCAAGGAAAUGAAGCGCAAACUGGGUAUCACAGAUGAUGAUGAAGAUCUCAUCAACCAGAAGCCCAAGAAGAAACCAACAGAAGUCGCAACCACAGCACGGCCGACCAUUCCUCAACUCCGUACUCCUGCAAGGCCAGCUGGGCAGCCAGUCGAUGAAUUGAGACUGCUGGAAGAUGUCCAAGCUGACAAGGAAAAUGAAAUCUCCCGCGACAUCAAACAGAAUGUUGUAAAGCAUGCAAAGUGGAAUGAGGGAUAUGUAGAUAUGACUCGAGCACCACUUACCCCGAAACCUCCACAACAGACCUUCGAUGGCUCUGAUUUCCGACCAGCUAUCACCGAAUAUCUCCCCACUCCACCCACCUCAGAGUCCUCCGACGCGAUGCAAGACGUAUCGAGAGAAGGGCCAGACGAUAAAUUUGCCGUAAUACACAAAACCACAGAUACAACCGAUGACCAAUCACGACGAGGAAUGCCCUGCUUCCGCCGUCGCAUUGGUAGAGGUGGUCGCACGAUGAUUGAUCGCAGGAAUCUCCCAUUCCGUAGCAGGAAUGAUAUCGAUCCACUGCAAUUAGAUCGCUUCAAAUAUGACCAGGACGAUGACGAGGUCGAUCCGGUAUAUGAGCGAGAUGAAUUCAACACCCAGAUAAUGCAGCACAGAGCGUACCUUCACGCAAAAUCGUCAAGAGAUCAGGCGAUCCAAGCUCAGCUUCAAGCUCAAGCCCAAGCCGCCGCACAAAACGGUAGACGUUUGCUAGUCGGUUCCCAAGGUGGUGGUACUCCAACUGCUCCAAAUCCUCCCCCUAAAGCCCCUCAACCCUCGUCUCUUAAUCCGCUCCCCUCAUAGAUGUUGUUAGCCUUUCCCCAUGCGAUCACGAACCCCUGAUUUUUUGAGCCCCUCUUGAGACCACCACUUUCGAUCGGCCCUCACCACACACCAUCGAUAACCCGCCUUUCCAAACUCAAAUGUUGUACGAAAUCGGUGCAUUUCCUGGGUCAAGGACUUUAGGACGGAUGCGCUGAGGCCUAUGUUGAACCUCCAUUUGCACUGGUUGUUAGUGUACAUAUUCCGACGGCAUCGGGAUAGAUCCGUGUAAGCUACUACCGAAGUUAGUUAUGAAAAGCAAAUAAAAAUUUGAAACCCCUUCAACUAGUC